UCGAACCGUCAACCGUAUCUCGUGUAGCGUGUAAUAACAGCCUCCGUGUGACUGUGUUAUGUGAACUAAAAUGGAGGAGGAGUCGAUGUCCGGGCACAGCUGUUCCGAGGACGACAUCAGCGUCGGGCGUCCUUCGCCGGCACCCUCGCGAUCGCCUUCUCCUCAGGACUAUUUCAGGCCGUUGAAACGGUUGAAGAUGGCUUCCGAGCCCGUGGAAGAGAGGAGAGGAGAAGGCGUCAAGAGCUUUUCCAUACUGGACAUUCUAUCACACAGCCCCCGGACUCCUCCGCGGAUCGUAAGACCCUGGGAUGCGUCAGGGUUCGAGCGUUUGCAGCGAUUGCAGCGCUUAGCCGGUGCUGCGUUAUUGGACGGCGAGCGCUGGAGACUGGCGGCUCUAGGAUUGUUGAGGCCGAGGGAGAUGCCAGCGGAGUGCUGUGAUUCAGCGUCUGAAAGGUCUUCGUCCGCCUCGGAUUGCUGCUCGGAGCCGCGGCGGGUGUCGCAGGGAGGAUCUACGGCGCCGCACACACCGCUAGAUGCUCUGUUCCACAUGACCAGCAAAACCUUCGAGGCGAAUAAUGCUGACAGUGGAGAUGGUCAAAAUCACUUGAACCUCUUCAACUCGCGGCCACAGGCGAAGAAGAAACGCAAGUCCCGGACGGCGUUCACCAACCACCAGAUCUUCGAGCUGGAGAAACGGUUCCUCUACCAGAAGUACCUCUCCCCGGCUGACAGAGACGAGAUCGCCAGCUCAUUGGGACUUUCCAAUGCGCAAGUCAUCACCUGGUUCCAAAACAGACGAGCAAAAUCUAAGCGAGACGUUGAAGAAUUUUGUAUAACUUGAAAAGAUUAAACAUAUAUCAUAGCAGAUAUAAUAAAAAACAGAAAUAGAAUGGCGUUAAAAAAUUUUAAACGUCCUGUAUUUUAAAUAUUUUUUUGAAUAUUGGUACAUGAUUUAUUGGUUAAAUAUAAAACACUAGCGCAGUCCACGUGGUAUCAGUCGCGUAGUUCCCAAUGGCUUGUGAAUACGGGGAUGAAACCGAAACUAUGUUGCUCGCUGAUCAUGUAGCUUUCAUUGGUGAAAGAAUUUUUCAAAUCAGUCUAUUCACUGUAAGCAAAGAAUUUCUCUCUGAAUAUUAAGUAGGCGUAGAUAAUGUGUUUCAACUAUUUUGAAAAUUUCACACUAAUUUAGAGAUAAUGAUUUCAAUUUAUCCAACGAAAAGUAGUUUAUUGCUGACUUUAUUACUGAUUUACUGAUUUCUCACUAAUCGCAAUUUUUGGGUUAGGUAAUUCUUAUUCUAAGGAUUAAUUUAUCUUCAAAAUUGUAUCUUACAUAAAUAGUUAAACGGAUAAAGCAACUUUCUACGAGUAUACAUGAACGUACGACAUUAAGGUUUAGUAAAUUAUUUUUUUGUAAUUUAUUUAUUUUAAGAGAGUAGAACCUAUCUUUUUGUUUUAAAUCUAACUUAAAGUACCUAGUAUUGAUGUUGUAAAUAUAUGGAAAUAUUAAAUAAUAAAUGAGUAUU